AUGGGCAGUGUUGGGACGAUGUCUGACGAUCCGGAGAGCUGCAGUAAAGUCUUGCCGAUUAACACGGAAAACGUCUUCUCGAUUUUGGAUUCUAAUGAGUUAGUUAUAAUUAUCUUCUACCUUCAAUAUGAUUCAAAAUAUAAUCAAUUUGAAUCGAUAGUCAAUGAAGCUGCUAUGAAAGUGUUUGAACUUUAUCCGGAUACCGGUAAAGUUGUUUUCGGGAAAUCAUGUUGUAGCGAAAAAUGGAUCUAUUCAGGAAGAUAUGACUUGUAUGUGCAUGAUCUGUACAUAAAAGUGUUCAUACACGGAAAGCUAUCAAGAAUUUAUUUUAAUGACUUAGACUAUUCGUCAGUCGAGGAACUUGUGUCUUAUGUUCAAAAACGACUCGACGGUUCCAUACAAGAAAUAUCUAGUACCUGCAGUAUUCCCGACAAUCCUAAAGCACACUCGAAAGUUAUAACUGGAUAUUUCAAAAAUAAAUAUUCACCAGCUUAUCAAACAUUCAGAAAAGUAUCAAUGAACUUAAUGGAUAUUUGUAGGUUUUACGCUGGAUUCGGAGAAAAAUAUACCACUAUGUACUCUGAUAACCAGAACGAAUCCUUAAUCAUAUUCAAGAUUUCCAACCAACCAUCUCCAGAAUUUGAACAAGAAAUAUUUAGUGGCGAUUCAUCAGAUUACGAAUCACUCUAUGCUUGGGGAACAAAAAGCUGCCUACAGUCAACGAGUGAAAUUACAUUUGAUAAUGCUAUGGAAUUGGAAAUAGAUCAACACAUUUCUUUCAUUCUUUUUUACAAUCCAGAUGAUCUCAAACCUGUUAAACAGUUCAAGGAUAUUAUUAAAAGAGAUUUAGAAGAAUGGCGUAAUAAUUUAAAAUUUUUUACUGCAGAUGGUCAAACAUUUUCUCCAAAAUUACAACAAAUUGGAAAAACUAUAACUGAUUUACCGUUUGUAAUUUUGAACUGUUUCAGUACAAUCCAUUUAUUUCCUGAAAAUUUCAGUACUCAGCAUGAUUUGAAAAAAUACAUACAAAACUAUUAUUUGCCUCGUAAGAAAAGAACUAUAGAUGUUUAUCCGAAUUAUAUAUUCCACUUAUUUAGAAAAAUAUCGAAAGAACCGGUGAAACUUGAAAAGAUAAUUUUAUCCAGUUCAGACAGCGAUGAAGAGGAUUUGGGUUUCGGUCUAUUUGAUUAA